AUGGUUUACAGUAAACCAUACCCCACAUCUGGAGCCAUGAAGAGGUCUGCUUCGGCUCUCGAAGGACCUCCAUGCUGGGACGUCGUUCCUCCAAUGAUGGCCCACUCUCGCUCAUCGUUCCGCCCGCCUUAUGCCCACUACUCCAUGAUCUACGUGGACCAUGACGGCAAGGUCAAGGUUGACGAGUCAAGCUCUAUCCAAGAGCAAAACACAACCAUCUUCACCCCAGAGGUUCGCCAAAGCUUCCUUGAAGUCUUGGGCGAGCGCAUCGGCUACCACCCUGCUCGUCACACUUUAGAUACCUCUCCCCGUCGGGUAAGACGUCGCAAGGGCAAUGCUCCUGCCUUCGCUGGCUCAGACGACCGCUUGAUCGAGCAAACCUCCGACAGCGAGGAUUUAUCUAAUGGAUCUGAUGAAAUGGUCCCUCUCCGCAUCGGAGACUCGGCUAAAGUGCAGCACUACUAUGAAAGUGCCCUCAAGCACUUCCAACAGCUUAACUGUCGCAUGGUUGCGAAAGCCUUUAUCAAGUUCAUUGAGCCUCGCAAACAGGUUCGACACCCUUACAACGGUGGCAAGCCUCCUCCAGGAUCUGCUCCCGGUACUACUGGCGACCCCGAGAAGACCAAGCCUGAAUGGUGGCCCCCUGGUGUUAUGCACAAGGAGCCCGACCACCUGCGCAAAGAGUUCCGCAUUGAGCUCUUGAUUCACAUUAUCCGCAAGUUGGGUUACAUUCAAGUUACUGCCGACAAGCUUAAGGAGGUCGCUGGCGACACCAAGCGUAGCUUGAAGCACCCAUCUCACGUCGAGAUCAUUUACGAAAUCCUCCGGGUCCGCAAGAUGGAAGAGCGUUUCGAGCGCGGCGAAGUCGAUUCAAAUAUGGUUGUUUACACUAUGAACCGUGGGCCUAGCCCCAAGGGCGACGAGGAGGACGACUCCCCAGAUGCGCCAUCAAUUCACAUCGAGGAGCCCGACCACACCCAAGGACUGAUGACCCCCAUGUCCUCCGUCGAGCAACACGUUGCUGCUUCUUUAACCACACCAGUUGAGACUAUCCCAUCAGCACGCUCACUCUCAGGCGGCUACCCCAUGUCUGAGCCUCUCAAGUUCGAAGCGACAACACGCCAGGACUGCCCUUACUAUGCCACCCCCCCUCAAUAUACCGACUCUUUCUCCCAGCCUAUGCUGAGCACUCCUGUUACAGCAGAGAUGAUCAGCCCCCAGGACGUCUCUGUCUUUGACUACUCCUCUCAAAGCUCCUUCACACCAUCUUCUACCGACCACCAGCGCGGAGCCGGCCACUACGACCCCUGGACCAACCCAUCCUUCCGCUCCAGCAUCUUCGGCCCUGUCGAUUACACACCUGCCACUAGUCAAGCCAUGUCGCAGUCCACAAUGGGCUACCCCAUGACUAUGGGUCCCAGCAUGCAUGACAUGUCUCACCAUGCCUCCAUUGACCGAUCCCUCCCCUUCCGCACGGGAUCUCUCAGCCACCCUCACCCCCAUGGCAUGCCUCUCUCUCACCACGCUUAG